AUGGCACGAGCCUUCAAAUUCUCAUUUCACGUGGGCGUCGUAACGGCCGCAAUCACUUACAUCUACUUGUCGACGGUGUUCGUCUUCGUCGACCGGUGGUUCGGGAUCUGGUCGUCUCCGGGAAUGUUUCACGUCACCGUUUUCACCUUUUUAGCUGCCAUGUGCGUCACCAGCUACCGCCGCGCUAUUUAUACCGAUCCGGGUCGGGUCCCGGACACUUUCAUGCCCGAUGUUGAGGAUUCCGGUAAUCCGAUCCACGAGAUCAAACGCAAGAGUGGUGAUUUAAGGUACUGCCAAAAGUGUGCUCUCUAUAAGCCUCCUCGAGCCCAUCAUUGCCGCAUAUGUAAUCGAUGUGUACUGCGAAUGGAUCAUCAUUGUGUCUGGAUGAAUAACUGCGUGGGGCACGCAAAUUAUAAAAUCUUCUUUGUUUUUGUGCUUUAUGCGGUUAUCUCGUGCAUUUACUCCCUGGUAUUGCUUCUUGGUAGUGUAACAGUUGAUUCUCAGCAAGAUGCUGAAGAUUCUGACCAAAUCAUACAUGUUAUUUCAGGGUUAUUAUUAGUUCCUUUAAGUUUGGCACUGGGAUUUUUCCUUUGCUGGCAUAUAUAUCUCAUUGUGCAGAACAAGACCACCAUUGAGUACCAUGAAGGUGUAAGAGCUAUGUGGCUGGCUGAAAAAGGAGGCCAACUCUAUUCUCAUCCUUAUGAUCUCGGUCCAUUUGAGAAUUUGAUAGAUAUUCUUGGUCCGAAAACUCUCUGCUGGUUCUGGCCCACGUCAGGACAUAUUGGUUCGGGCCUUCGUUUUAGGACCAAUUACGCAUUUCAAAGAGGCGCGUGGUUUAACACCGGCCUGACUUUUUCUUUCUUUUCUCUUUUCUCACUUCUCUGUAUCUGCAACACCGGCCUGAGCAAGAAACAGAAGAUCGAAAUCCGACUCGUUAGAGUGCUGCCGUCGACUUUAUGCUUGGAUAAUGCGCAAAGCGGCUUUUUUCAAGGAGAGACGAGUGCUUCCUCUCCUCCGUGUGCUAGCCCACCGCAAGUCGAGUCUUCGGAGACCGUACCAAAUGAGGAGGAGCUCGACAAUAAUCGUCAUCGUAAUGAUGGCUUGGUUAUCCCUUCGGAUAAUAUUGAGGAGUUGCUUCAAAGGUUCGAUAAUCCAAAUGAUGGAGAUUUAAACGGUUAUGAUGUUAACCAGCUUACUCACCCGGUUAAUGAAGAUGCAAAUGGUUAUCGCGUUUCAUCCCGAACUGAGUUUGGUGAAGAUGCAGAGCAGGGGAACGAGAGAAAACGAUCGACGAGGAGUUUAAAGAGUACUUCUUGA